UUGAUAGAAGUCGGAAUAAAAAUGUCAUUCUGAAUAAAAACGAUGUCGCUAUAAAAGAUAUUAUAGAGAAAACUGAGGUUUGUAGAGCUGUCUAAAUGCAAGGGAAUUUUGUUUGUAUGAUCUUUAAAACAAUCCCACAAAUAAUCCUCUGGCACUAGAAUAAAAGUCAUGGUCCGCCCCUUGUUUGUUGAUUGGUUUCCCUUGGCUUAGCAAGUAACGCGAUCGGUUAGAAUCUGCCUGGAUUUGUGCCUGGAUCAGGAAGCAACUCAAAACAUCCUGUGGAAAUCCCCAAUGCAUAAAAUAUAAAAUUCAGCCGGUUGUUUGGAAUGGAGAGAGAGUUUGGGACGGUUGCGGCACUUAAAGCCCUCGGAUAUGGCAGUGAUCUCUGUGUGUCUCGGUGUGAAUGUGAUGAACUGCCGUGUCCACUGCUCUCCUGGCUGGUGCUGGAGCUCAGAAAACACUGUCCUGAACUUAAAGGAAACAGUGGCACUAUUCUGGCCAGGGAACUGAAAGAGGUCCUGAGAGUCAUGUUGUAUCCUUAUGACACACUCACCACAGAGACGCUGACUCCCAUUCAUCUCAAAAGAAUAACAGAGUUCCUGGUGUCUGAGUUACAAGCAGUCUGUAUGCUUAAGUACAGGGAGUGCAAUCCUGGCGAUACUGAGCCUUUGAGCGAGUCAGGCAAAGAGCAGAGACCGAGAGAAUCGAACCCAGAUACUCAGGAUAAGACUGAAUUAGAUGACAAAGAGGUAAUGAAGGAAUUGACCAAGUUGUUUCAAGCCCUAGAUAUGGAUCCAGCUUCACAGCUCAGUGACGUGUGCUCACAGGUAGAGUCAAGAAUAGCCUCUCUUCCAGAGGGUAAAGUGCAAGAGCCGUUGCUAAAGACUAAUCUGAAUUCUACACAAUGGAGCGAGCUGAAUCAGAUUAACCGAUCCCUCUGCAAGGACUACGAUUGCCGUCGGCAGAUGAUGAUCAAACGAUUCCAUGUCACUCUCCAGUCAUUUGCAUGGGGAGAGAGAGGAAAGGAGCGUAGUGCUCUGAUGUCCACUGUACCCCAGUUUGCAUCACCACUUCUUGAAUCGUCAGUUUCGGUUGCGCUGUUACUUGCAGCGAGAGAAGAUCAGUCUUGUAUUCUGCCCGUGACUGCUGGACCAUCAACAUCCAUUCACAAGGUGCUGAUGGGUAGUGUGCCGGAUAGAGGAGGUCGACCUGGAGAGAUCGAGCCUCCCAUGCCAAUGUUCACUCGACGUAGUGAAGGAGGCGACAGGCAACGUGAAAAAAAUAAAUUUAAGAGACGGGAGUAUUCUGGGAAAAAGAAAAAAAACAAGAAUAGAUAGUACUGAUACUGACAUGAACCUGAAAGAAGAUCUAGACAGAAUAAUUGCGGGCUGUUGAUUUAUAUACAGAACAUAAUAUUAUGUAUGAGUUAAUAUUAUACCUGUUUGAUUCUGAUUAGCUUUAAUUUACAGGUAAAUUCAAGGUGAAGUGUAAAUUAGAUAUUUAAUUUAAUGUACACUACAGAGAUUAUAACUUUACUGUAUAUUUUGAUGUUUGACCUGUAAUAUUGGUUUACAGAUUUAAAGAAUACAUAUUAUGCAUGAUUCCAGUAUAAUUUUUUGCCCUAUUGCUUUAUUACUUUUGUACAACUGUUCUGACAGCUCAGUUAUUUAAUGCUUUAAUUUGAGUAUGAGUACUGACAGCUUGUCUAUUGCAAAACAGUCCUAAUUUAUUUUUAUCCUUAAUUUUGCUAUGUGGAUUUUCAUUUCGUAGGCCACUGAAAAGAGUAAAAGCUAAUUCAGUUUUUUUUAUUUAAUUUCAGUAAAGAUUAGAAAGUAGAACCAGGCUACAGCAGGAAGUCUACUUUUUUUAUUGGAUUUUUAUUAUAAAUCAUCCAGCUCUAGACCUGUUUAAUUCACACUAGGAUUUUCAGUUUUUUGUUUGCAUUUCUGUUAUGAAGCACGUGUGAAGGGGAUUUUGUGUGGUGUUGAAAUGGUUAAGGGGAAUGUUUGGUCUGGUCACCAAGGGCAACAUGGCAAGCUCCAAAAUAAAACCAGCAGAAACUUUCCAAUCUCA